AUGCCCUCCUUUGAUAUUUUGGUUCUUCCCGGUGACCACAUCGGUCCCCAGGUCGUUGGGGAAGCCGUCAACGUCCUCCGCGCCGCCGAAGCUCACCCAGCUGUGUGCAUCGACGCCCACGGCAUCCCUCUGGCUAGGAUGGCCGCUUAUCUCUCAUGCAAGCAUGGAAGCCCCGAAAACCCAAGCAAGAUUACAUCAAUUGACAAGGCAAAUGUGUUGGCAGUGUGGCGGCUCUGGAGAGACGCAGUCACCAAGGUCCACGAUCCUGAAUUCCCCGAAAUACCUCUGCACCAUCAAUUGUCCGACUCGCUGGCUUUGAUCAUGGUCAAGAACCCCCGAUCGCUGAACGGUAUUGUUCUUUGCGAUAACAUCUUCGGAGACUUGUUUUCCGACGAGGCCGCCGCUGUGUCUGGUCCCUUGGCUUCAGUCCAUCUGCCUGCCUCGCCGGCAUCCCCGGUCAGGAGAAGGCGACUGGCAUCUGUGACGUGGACUUCCUGGCCAAUGCCAUCAAUGAGGCUACCAGCGUGGCCUUGGGCGACAAAGAGGAAUGCGGCUUUGAGGUGCGCACUGGUUGACAUUGGUGGAACUGCAUCGACAACAGAGAUGGGUGACGCUGUUGUCAAAGCCCUUGUCCAGAUUCUGGACAAACAGGCCUAA